GGGGAAACGGCGUAUGCUUGUAUACAACCCUGAUUUCCAUUUUUUUCCCAACUCGUAAUGUAUUUAAUUCAAGUGAAACGUAAUCAUGACGUGUCGUGUCAUUAAUCUCCUCGCCGCCUCUCCCAAAAUUAAAGGAGGAGGCUGCCACAGAAGAGAGUCCCCCAUCAGCCGAGACAAUAAAGAAUGGCAUAGUAUCACACACGCUGCUGAGGAUGGAUUCCCCGCCGGAGUGUGUGUUGUCUCUUUCUUGUGAGCAGCCCCAGUCUCCCCCGACGCUGCCGUCCCUGGACCACAGCCCGCAGGCGUUGUCCCCUCACACCCAGCUCUCUCUACCCAACAGCCCCGUCGUCCUGCCCAUCCACAGCCCCGAACCCUCUCCCCAGAGCCCGGACACCACGCCUUAUUUCCCCCUCUCUCCCUUCCCCCUCCACGAGGAUAACAACCACCACGACGUCGACGAAGAGGAUGACGAGGAAGGGCUGGAUGGAGUUCCUCCGUCACCAACCCCAGCGGUGGCUCUGUUCCCUGGAGGAGGGGGACAAGAAGCUGGGUGCAGCCCCUGUUUGGAUACCUCCCCCCCGGCGACGCCAUCAGCACCACUCCUUGGGUUCGAAACCCUGGAGCUCGCCCUCUCCUCUGGGCCGAGUGGGACCUGCAAUGAAGAGCUAGACCUCCAGCUGUUCCAGAAAGACACUGUUACCAGGGCGAUACCUGGAGUGGGAGGGGCCUCAUCAGGGCCUGCACUCAAGUUUCCCUGUCACGUAUGUGGGAAGAGAUUCCGAUUCCAAAGUAUUUUGUCUCUUCACGCCCGAGCCCACAGUCUGGACCGAGACCGCCGAGCUUCAGCCCUCUACCGGAGCGGUCUCCCCUCAGCGCCCCUGAAGCAGCAACUCAAGGUCCAACAGAAUCACAAAGACUUAAUCCAGAAUCACAGAAGUCACACAAACCAGCGCUUACUGCCAGGGACGCUCAUCCAGCACCUGAUCGAGGAAGAGCAUGUUGAUGGUGAGGUUAAGGGUCUCGAUGAAGGCCUUCAGACAGACCACAACCCAAACUUUUUACUGGAUGAUAGCACACCGUUGACCCCUCCACUUACAGAGGACCCUGUCUCUGUGAUCUCUCCCUACUAUUCCACCACUGGGGAGGGGGCAUCUACUCCCACAGCGCCUACGUAUCGCUGCCAUGCCUGCAAAGGAAAAUUCCGCACAGCUUCAGAGUUGGCACGCCACGUCCGCAUUCUCCAUAACCCAUAUAAAUGCACCCUUUGUCCCUUCUCUGCCAGCCAAGAAGAGAGCCUGGCAUCUCACUUGCAGGAGUGCCACCCUUCUCCAGAGGUUCCUUCUCUGCCACCAGCCUUCAACUCCAGGCCGAUUAUUGCAACCCCUGACACUCCUGUGCCCACCCCGACCCAUACCCCAGCCCCAACCCCGAACACGCCACAGGUGACGUCAGCUGCUGCAGCGGCUGCAUCCUCACUGCCAGCGUUUCGCUGUGAAACUUGCGGACAGCGGUUUACCCAGUCAUGGUUCCUUAAGGGACAUAUGCGAAAGCACAAAGACUCCCUGGACCAUAAGUGCCAGGUAUGUGGACGUGGCUUCAAAGAGCCUUGGUUCCUCAAAAACCACAUGAAAGUUCAUCUUAACAAGCUUGGACUGAAAGCUGGGCUGGGAACUCUUGGGGGACCGGGAGGUGCUAAUCAGCAGGCCAAAGGCUCCGCAAGUAAUCACUCUCUCAAUGCCCUCUACUCCAGCCUCCUUCUGGCCCAGCGAGGAGGUGGCAGAGGUGGAAGGUCAGACAGGAACGCCGGAGGCAGACUAGGGAUGGGAUCAAGCAAGUCAGCCAUCCUAGGAUACCUGGGGCUGCCCAGUGAUGGCAGUGGGGCCAGCUGCAUGGAAAGACUUCAAGCAGUGGCUCAGGUGGCAGAGAUGGGAAAUGGUGGUGGUGGUGGGAUUGGCGGCCCAGUAGGUGGGGACAUGGGAAGAGGAGGGGGAGCUGCUAGAGCCAUGGGUGACGCUACAGCAUCGGUAUCUGAAGGAGAACAGGCAACUUGGUGGCAGCUGGUAGCUCGCAGCCUUGCAGUCGCUCAGCAGCAGCAGCAGCAUCAACAGCAGCAGCAGCAGCAGCAGCAGCAGAGGCCCCACCAGUCAGGCCAACAGCAAGGCCAGCGAGGACCGGGUCGAAGCUCUGUGAUCACAGAGGCUGACCAAGUAAGAGCCUACCUUGGAGGCCUAGAUCCAAGAGAAGACUCAGGAGCAGGAGGGCCAUGGGAGUGCCCGGACUGC